GGAAGCGGUUUAGUUGAAGUCAAACGCGCAUUCGGAAAACAUGUCGAAUUUCAAUCGCAUUCUGAUCGUCAUUGUUAUCGGGUUGGCACUAGUUCAUUUUAGUGCUGUGGAUGCCCAGGCCGGAACGGUGCACUGGAACAAUGGAAAUGCGGCCGGCGUGGGCGUCUAUUCGAACGCCCAGUCCGGCGGGAUGCAUCCGCCGGGAAGUCUGGGUGGCCAGGAUCCGCAAUACAGCUACGGAUACGCCGGCAUCGAUUCGCGCGGUUCCUACGGCGGAGCGGGCGGCAAUGGAGCCUACUACGUGGGCGGCACGGACGAGCACGGUCGCCCCUUCUCCUACAGCAACCAGGUGGGCCAGCCCGGCCAGCCGGGCUACAUGGGCGUACGGCCGGACCCCAACUACCCGGGUGCCUAUGGCUACCAGAAUGGCGGAGCAAUCAUCGCCAGCUCGGUGGGCGCCACCGUGACCAUAGCCCUUGGAUUGGCCUUGGGCGGCAUGAGACUUUGAUGCGGCUGCAGCGUGGGAUCGUUUUUUUUUUUUAAUUAGUCUCUUAGCUUAAUUUAUGUAAACUUUUCAGUUGUGUAAAUUCUCCAUUAUUUACUAAAACAUAAAAUGUUUCUACUGCAAGGUGGUUUGUUGUCAGAAUGAAUUAGUUGAUUUGAUUUUGGUACGCCCAGAAGGCUUAGAGAACUCCAUUGAACGUCACAAUCGAAAUUAUAUUUCAUCAACGUAAAAGCCAAAUUUUUUUGUAAACGGAGAAAAUUUGAUUUUCAAAUGUCGCUUAGAAAAUCAGACAUUAGCCAACUGGUGAUCCAGUGCAUAGACGCCGUGGGUGGCUCUGCCCCCAAGUCGGUCAUCCUGAGCGCGGUGAGCACAGCCACGAGAAUCAAAUUCAGGGGAUUGGACAGGAAAAUUGAAGACGCUCUUAAUAAGCUCAUCGUUCGAUGUAUGAUCCACGAACAUGACGGCAACUAUUAUAUUAAACAUGCAAGGGAUGAGAUAACAGCAAGUGACAGUCACAGUGGCAAUGAAGAUUCAGAUUGACUUCGGAUUUAGAGAAUAAGCUGAAAAGCUCGACAAAUUCGGAUGUAUUCAAAUAUUUGAACAACUAAAUUCAAACACUUCAAGGGGAGCGAUAAAUAAAGGAAUAAUUAAAUGUAAAUUCAUUUCGUUGAUUUAUUCAGCAUUUAUACCUGCUCAGUUUAAGUGACUAACGAUAAACAAGUUGAAUUAGCAGAUCGGCUGCGUCAUCUUCUUGGGACACGCCCACCCAAUUGAUAUAUUUAAGCGGACAACGCCCAUGUAAUUAGCCGCCCCUUCGGAAGGCAGAAAAGCGAAAAGAACCCAAACGAAAACAAAGACGACAAACAAAUAUGGAGUGGAAUAUGGGCUGACACCUGUUGAUAAAGCUUUUGGGCCAGAAUAACUGAGUCGCAGGGCUUAUGACCUCAUGGGCAAACUACACCUAGAACACACAUGUUUGCAUCUAUAAGUACGAGAU